CCAUCCUGGGCCGUGUGGGCUGGGCAGCCAUUUUGGGAAGAGCUUUGUUAUGGUUUUGGACUAGCCACCUCUGCGGGAUCUAGGAGCUGGGGCCGCACCUUCAGACGCCGUGUCUCGGCCUUAGCUGUAGGCCCGCUGUUGCCGGAAAAAAUAACUGUGGACUUUUAAAUGAUUUGAAUAAUGAUGGAAAUGGAUCCAAAAUAAUAAGACACUUCUCUACUGAGGCAGUAGAAGAUUCUUCAUUAUCACCUUCCUGUAGCUCAAUUCAUUCUUCAGGAGGGGGCAGAAAAAGAGAAAUACAGGAAACUGAAGAGAAGGAAACCACCCUUUGGAGCUGUCUUCCUCCUCAGUAACCCCUCACCCUCUGUCUUUCUACUUGUUUUAAUUUUGCUCUGAAUUUGUAAAUAGUGAAGACCAAAGAAAUAGAAGAUAUAUUUGGAAGCUUUUACCAAGAAAUUGCCUUGAAAGCUGCUAUUCCGUGGAGGGGAAAGUAUAUCAAGUUCCUGUCUGAUUUUUCUUUUUUUAAUAAGAUUUCUUAUGUCCUUAGGCUUUGAAGGAUAAGAUAUAUAAAUACAUAUCUACACACUUUUUUUAGCAGCUGUGUAAUAAUGAGAUUUAUAUUUUAAGGGCUGUGUCAUGUGGCUAUUUUGCCACUGCAGUUGACUGCUCAGAAGAUCUUUUCUAGUGCUUUAAAAUUGUAUUUUCGGUCCAUCACCUUGAUGACAUCACUUGUCCACACGAGCCCACCUGUCUUUCUAGCUAUGACCUUGUUAUGAACUUUGUUUGCACUCGCUGUGCAAAUGUCCAUGUAUUAUCCAUUUAAGCAACAUCACAGUGCUAUCACUCAAGAAAGUUGCAUGAGGUGAACAUAGACAUAGCUCUUUCCCCUUCCCCCCCCUUUUUAAAUGUAACAAAUACCUUUUUAUGUUCCCCUUCCCCUUUCCCCUUCCCCCUUCCCCCUUUUGGGAAAGUGUCAGGAACUAGAUAGUUUAAAAUGAGCAAUUGAGGGGACUGAGAGAGUGAUCCACACGGAGCCUGGCUUCUUUGUGCUUCAUCACAAGGCGUGCUGCUGGCCAGGCUACUUAAGCACCCUUUUAACAAGAAAACCGCGUGGGAGAUCCAGCUGGCAGACUCAAGGAGUUCGGGAAACAGGACCACAGAGGUUACACUCUGGGAUCCUGGCCAUGAGGUUGGAUGCCUCACCUUGCUGAAAAGAGACACUGGACCUAAAUGGCGCAGCAUGACUUUGUUCCUGCUUGGCUAAAUUUCUCAACACCACAGUCAGUUAAGUCACCUACAGCCACCUUUGAAAAACACGGAGAGCACCUACCCCGAGGAGAAGGUAGAUUUGGAGUGAGCCGUCGCCGUCAUAAUUCUUCUGAUGGCUUUUUUAACAAUGGACCCCUACGAACUACAGGAGAUUCCUGGCACCAGCCCUCCCUAUUCCGUCACGAUUCUGUGGACUCUGGUGUCUCUAAGGGAGCAUAUGCUGGAAUCACAGGGAACCUGUCUGGUUGGCAUGGUUCUUCCCGGGGUCAUGAUGGCAUGAGCCAGCGUAGCGGGGGUGGCACAGGGAACCAUCGCCACUGGAAUGGCAGCUUCCACUCCCGGAAAGGCUCUACCUUUCAGGAAAAGCCAUCUACAGAGAUUAGGGAAGAAAAGAAAGAAGACAAGGUGGAAAAGUUGCAGUUUGAAGAAGAAGACUUUCCUUCUUUGAAUCCAGAAGCUGGCAAACAGAAUCAGCCAUGCAGACCUGUUGGGAUGCCUUCUGGAGUGUGGGAAAACCCACCUAGUGCCAAGCAACCCUCCAAGAUGCUGGUCAUUAAAAAAGUUUCCAAAGAGGAUCCUGCUGCUGCCUUCUCUGCUGCAUUCACCUCACCAGGAUCUCACCAUUCAAAUGGGAACAAAUCAUCAACCAUAGUCCCAAGUGUCUAUAAGAACCUGGUUCCUAAGCCUGCACCACCACCUUCAAAGCCCAGUGCAUGGAAAGCUAACAGAAUGGAACACAAAUCAGGGUCCCUUUCCUCUAGCCGAGAGUCUACUUUUACCAGUCCGAUCUCUGUUACCAAACCAGUGGUACUGGCUGGUGGCGCGGUUCUAAGCUCUCCCAAAGAGAGUCCCUCCAGCACCACCCCUCCAAUUGAGAUCACCUCCUCUCGUCUUACCAAGUUGACCCGCCGAACUACCGACAGGAAGAGUGAGUUCCUCAAGACUUUGAAGGAUGACCAGAAUGGAGACUUCUCAGAGAGCAGAGACUGUGACAAGCUGGAGGAUUUGGAGAAUAGCACACCUGAACCAAAGGAAAAUGAAGAAGAAGAAUGUCAUCAGAAUGGCCUCGCUCUUCCUGUUGUGGAGGAAGGGGAAGUCCUCUCUCACUCUCUGGAAGCAGAGCACAGGUUAUUGAAAGCAAUGGGAUGGCAGGAAUAUCCUGAAAAUGAUGAGAAUUGCCUUCCCCUCACAGAGGAUGAGCUCAAAGAGUUCCAGAUGAAGACAGAGCAGCUGAGAAGAAAUGGCUUUGGGAAGAAUGGGUUCUUACAGAGCCGUAGUUCCAGCCUAUUUUCCCCUUGGAGGAGCACUUGUAAAGUGGAGUUUGAGGACUCAGACACGGAAACCAGUAGCAGUGAAACAUCAGAUGACGAUGCCUGGAAGUCUCUGUUGGUAUCAGGGAAGGGGUCCAAUCCCAUGGCCUCCCACUCUGAGGAGCCAGGGUUCCUGCCCUGCAAGGCCUGUGACAUGGUUUUCCGCUCCUGUGCCCUGUUGGCCACCCACACCCAGCGCUUCUGCAUUGGCCGCCAGGGCCGGGAGGUGACACCUGGAACUCAGCCCUCGGUAGCCACUGAACCACCGGGACCCGCGGUUGUGCCACAAGAACUCCAAGGCCUCUCAGAACAGGCCAGAAAGUCUGCUCUACAGAGGUUAACAGAGGAGGUGCAGAGGCUGCGGCUGUCCCUGCAGGAAAUACUACCCUGGGCCACAGAGGUCCCCAGGGGAUUGGAGGGGUACUUGAGGCCCUCGCGUUCAGAGGCGGCGGCUCAGGACCCCACCUCGGAAACUGAGGAGAGUCCCAGCCAGCGGCUGCGGGUGCUGCGCUGGACUCACGCAAGGCGCGUGGCGGAGAACGAGACCCAGAGCCGGGCCCUGGAGCGACGCCGCGAGGAACUUAGCCGGCGCCUCCAGCAUAUCGCCGGGGCCCGAGGAGGAAUAGCGGCCCUAUUCGUCCUCGAGCGGGAACUUCGAGAACUGCGGGCAGAGGCCGGGCGGACGCGGGGAGCUCUAGAGAUGUUAGGGGCACGGGUUCAACAACUACAGCCCGAGUCAGGGACCCAGCGGAAUGCCUUGCGACAGGAUGAACUGUGUUGCCCGGCGCUCCAGGCCAACCCAGGGACUCUGGCUGCAGAGAUCGGGGCCCUGCGAGAGGCCUACGUUCGAGGCGGGGGCCGGGACCCCGGAGUUCUGGGCCAGAUAUGUCAGCUACAAGUGGAGGCGACAGCACUGGAGUUGCGGCAGUCGCGGGCCCGCAGGGGAAGAAAGGCAGGUGCCCCGGGGCAACUUCUGGUGGUCGAGGCCGAGAACCGGCGCCUGGAGGCAGAAAUCCUGGCCCUGCAGAUGCAGAGGGGCGCGGGUCCGGCGCCCUGGGGACCCCGGGAGCCACGACUUCAAGUUGGUCCCAGCCCACACCUGCGGGAGAGGGGAGAUCCCCCACUCCUCCCCCCGCCGGUGGCUCCCCCGCUGCCGCCGCUUCCACACUCGACAGACGCCGUUGGUGUGGUCUUGGGUGGCGCCGGGAAGGCUCCGCGACUUCCUGAAACUAUGGUCAGGAACUUGGGUCUGGACCCACACCUCCUACCCGCAUCUGACGUGCUGGGCCCUGCACCGUACGACCCCGGGGCUGGCUUGGUCAUUUUCUAUGACUUCCUGCGGGGUCUUGAGGCCUCUUGGAUUUGGGUGCAGCUAACGACUGGCCUAGCCCGAGCCGGACGGAAUACAGGAGGGACAACGGCAUUGCCCCCAGCCCUUUGCUUGCCCCCACCUCCAGCUCCUGGGCCCACGGGCAAUUGUGCUAUCCUUGCCAGCAGGCAGCCUGUGCCCAGGCUAGCACCCUCACCAUCAGUAUCCUUGGUCUGUGAGCUGCGGGCCUGGCAGGGGUUGGCAGGGACUAGGGCAUUCCAGCCAAAGGCCUGGGUCUCCCUGCCACUGUUUGACCGGGAUCAGCAGGUACUAAGUGGCCGUUGGCGCCUUCUACUUCGGGCCCUUCCUCUGGACCCCAGCCUUAGCCUUGGGCAGCUGAAUGGGAUCCCCCAGGAAGGUCAGGCUGAGCUCUUUCUGCGACUGGUAAAUGCGAGAGAUGCAGGUGUCCAGACCCUGGCAGAGAUCAAUCCAGCAAGUGCCCACGAGUACCAGUACGCAACUCCGGCGUCCCACUCAUCUUCACUGGAAGCCGGCUCCCUUAUCCCCUCAGCUGGCUUUGCUGAUCCCCCACCUCCUGCAGAGGAGCCCCUCAGCCAAGUCAAAGACGGAGAUGAGGGUUUGGUCCCCCAACACAGCCUUGUCCCACCCCCACGUGGUUCUUGAGACCAGAGAAUGAAAAUCUCUUAACUCUAGAGGCGAAGCAUUUGAGCCAAUCACAGCUUCACCACCUUCUACAAGCACUUUUUUCUGCACCCCUUUCUCUUUUGUAAAACAGAUUCAUGUGAGGAAUAAAUGGGUAUGUCAGGUAUUUAGUGUUGCCCAGCAUAGAGGAACUUCUUUGAAAGGUGACUAGGGGUGACACUAAUUCCAGCUAAAAGAACUCAUUCUAACCCAUUCUUUUGCUAAAGCCAUUCUUGUCACACUUCAAAUUUCAGCUUCCCUAGGACUUCCUCUAGGAAGCCUUCUAGGUUCUCAGGGUCCCCCAAAGCAAGGAGCUCCUAUAGCCUUUAAUACUUACAGGCUUACAGGGUAUGGCCCCAGCCCAAUGAAGCCCAAGUGUGAGAUCUAACUGAAAUAAAUAAGGAAGGCCUGGCCCGACCCCAAAACCAACCAAACGAGGUCAAGAGCCUGGAGCUCUGGUCAUAUCAUGUGUUGUAACUACAAACUGGCCCGACGAAGAAAACACCACAGAAUGUCCAGUACAAGAAGAGCAUCUAUCUUCAUGAAGGAAACUCAAAAAGCCCUACAGGAUAAACCAAAGAUUCCACAGGAUGAGUUACUACAACCUGCCCAGAAAGUCUAUUUUGUCCUGUAUUAUUUUAAUAAAAAACUUAAAAAUGA